CUUUUUUAUUAGAUAACUCCAUAGCCGCAAUAAACCAAAUUUACAGCCAUUUCUCUGAACCUCAAAAAAAGACCUAGAAAUUUGCAUAGUUCUAAAAACCUCAAGGGAAAAAGGGUAUUGAAAAUUUGCAACUAUUGAUUUAGCAGCUAUUAAAGUUUAGAUUUUUAUUUAGUGCUUUGUAUUUGAGUUUUCUUGAAGAUGGAAAACGGUGAAAUCCCAGAGAAUGCUCCUGAACAUUGCCCAGGUCCACAAUCUGAAACAGCAGGGAAAGGUGAUGCUUGUCAAGGAUGCCCCAAUCAAGAAAUUUGUGCUACUGCUCCUAAAGGACCUGACCCGGACUUGGUUGCAAUAGUCGAGAGAAUGGCAACUGUGAAGCACAAAAUACUAGUUUUAUCUGGCAAAGGUGGAGUUGGUAAGAGUACGUUUUCAGCUCAACUUGCUUUUGCAUUGGCAGCUAUGGAUUUUCAAGUAGGUCUCCUCGACAUUGAUAUCUGUGGGCCCAGCAUCCCAAAGAUGCUUGGUCUCGAAGGACAAGAGAUUCACCAGAGUAACAUUGGAUGGUCCCCUGUUUAUGUCGAGUCUAACCUUGGGGUCAUGUCAAUUGGUUUCAUGCUGCCCAACCCUGAUGAAGCUGUCAUAUGGAGAGGACCCCGCAAGAACGGUCUAAUUAAGCAAUUUCUCAAAGAAGUUUAUUGGGGAGAGCUUGAUUUUCUUGUGGUUGAUGCUCCACCUGGGACCUCCGAUGAGCAUAUUUCGAUCGUUCAAUUCCUCCAAGCAACUGGAAUAGAUGGCGCAGUCAUAGUCACAACCCCACAACAGGUAUCUUUAAUAGACGUUAGGAAAGAAGUUAGUUUUUGCAAGAAAGUCGGGGUGGAGGUUCUUGGUGUUGUUGAGAACAUGAGUGGUCUUUCCCAGCCGCUUUCGGAAUUCAAAUUCAUGAGAACGUCAGAGACUGGUGAGCAGAAAGACAUGACCGAGUGGGCCAUGUCUUAUAUGAAAGAAAAAGCCCCAGAAAUGCUAAACUUGAUUGCCUUAACUGACGUUUUUGAUAGCAGUGGUGGAGGUGCUGCGAAGAUGUGCAGUGAUAUGGGUGUUCCUUUUUUGGGGAAAGUACCACUUGAUCCUCAGCUAUGUAAAGCAGCUGAAGAAGGAAGAUCAUGCUUUGUAGAUGAUAAAUGUCGUGCAAGUGCCCCUGCACUCAAGAUGCUUAUAGAGAAGAUGUUGGCUCAGAAAAAUAUCUCAGCAGAGAAUGGAGCAUAAUAUAUAUUGCCUUUUUAAGGCUUUCUGUACUUUUUCUCUGAUUAAGUUCCCGGGGGUACUUGUGACCCAACAUUUUGUUCGUAAGGUAGCUUUUGUCACUAGAUAUGGAUUGUAUUAUAAAGUUUCUACGUUCUAGUGACUUUUAUACGAUGAUCAUUUUGUCAAACGGACACGUUUUUUCCCAGUGAAAGAGAUUUAGUCUGUUUGUAUGAUGAUAACCAGAUGUUAUCUCCUGCGAGUAUGAGAUCUCUUAACGAGUUCAGGUCCCAUGAAA